AUGGAUAAGCCUCGAUUUAACAUCCAGAACGAUUCCCGAAGGACAAAAUGGCGAAAGCCAGGAACAUGCUAUCAGAUGUCAGGCAUCGUCCGAAGAGACCAUUACAGAAGUGGAGGCUUACUUGUAUGGCCUAGGCUAGCAACAAACGGCCGCACCUACCUCUACGUCCUUUCUGGUUGUUCUGUUACAGUCGUCCGAUAUCGCGCCGAAAUUCAACGCCCUCUUAUGGGCCCUUUUAUCGACGCAACGGGGACCUACGCAAUAUUUAUGGAUGAUAAUCCGCAUCGGCCUAGAGCUGGAGUGGUGCGGAGUUAUCUGGAGAGUGAAACCAUUUCUCAUUUGGUGGAGCCCGCUAGAUCACCGGACCACCUGAAUUCCAUACAUCAUAUGUGGGAUAUGUUGGGACAUCAGAUAGCAGGUCGCACCAUGCCGCCAGACAGCCUCCACGAGCUGCGACAUGCAUUACUCCAUGACUAG